GAUAUAAGACUGAUCCACACUCCACACCAGCUGGUGGCAGUAAUGCACCGAUAUAAUCGAGGAGAAGAAGAAGAAGAAGAAGAAGAAGAAGAAGAAGAAGGACGAGUCAGUCAGUCACGUGACAGGAUCACGCGGUAUACGGAAGUGGAAGAAGAAGAUGACCACCGCAGCUCUGACCGCAGGUCUGGAGAGAAUCCCGGAUCAACUGGGGUACCUCGUGAUCAGCGAGGACGGAGUACUGGCUUCUGCAGGUGAGCUGGAGAACGACGAACACACGGCAUGUGUGAUGAUGGAGAUGGUUCGAACAGCGAGUCGGUUCAGGUUACCUGGAUCAGCUGAUCCGCCCUUCAAACGCAUGUCAGUGAUACUGGACGACUUCGUUUACACGUUGACGGUUUCUGGACAGAAAGUUUUCGUGGUCAAACGACAAAACAACCAACAGGAACCAAUCAGCAUCUGACGGUGUGAGAUCACAAGGAUGCGAUGGUUGAUGAAGAUGAUGAUGUCACUGUGACGUUGAACUUUGUUGUAUUUAAUCAAUUUGUGAAUAAAACUAUUCUUGAGGUUUU